GAUUUUUGAUACUUAACGCUGCAUGUAGUAUCACCUUCAAUGCAGCUGGUGGCGGUAAGGAGAUUUGUUCAUUAGAAACCAGAGAAGAAGAAACGGGGCAAACAUGGCAAACAUGGCGGCGUACAUGAGAAGCGUGAUAUGUCUUGUUUCCACGGAGCGAAGUGCUUUUCUGUCAAGGGGAAGCGGUGUUUUUGCUGAGGCGAAGCGGUAUGUACGCGCUUUGAAGAGGAGACCUGUCCAGGUCUUGAUGCCCGACACCGAGACGGAGAAAGUCCUCAAGCCGUCAGCAGGGCGUCUCGUCCAGAGGCAGAAGGGGGGACAGGUCCCAGCCACAAUGCAGCGUCCCGAUGAGGACUUUGCUAAAGCGAGAAGUGAUGUGCAUCCAGCUGUGACACAUGCUGUUUCAAAGGAUCACAUUGAUGGACUUCGCUUCGAGAGGGCUUUACCUGGAGAUAAACGACUGGCGAGGUUGGUGAGUGUUGCUCGUUCCAGGGCAUUUCGGGAGCAGCAGGGUAAAAUCCUGCUGGAGGGAAGGCGUUUGAUCUGCGACGCCCUGGAUGCCGGAGCCAACCCACAGAUAUUGUUCUUCAGUACUGCGGAUCGGCUCCGGGAGCUGCCUUUGGACAAGUUGAAAAGGGCCACACUGGUGAAAGUCAAGUUUGCGGACAUCAAGAUCUGGUCUGAGCUUGUGGCCCCACAAGGGGUGAUCGCCAUAUUUGCUCGUCCGGACCCGUCACGUUUGAAAUUCUCCAGUAAAGAUAAUUCGUUGCCGUUGUCCUUGAUAUGCGACAACAUCAGAGAUCCUGGCAACCUCGGGUCCAUGUUGCGAUGUGCUGCUGCUGCUGGCUGCAAUAAUGUCCUUCUCACAAAAGGUUGCGUUGACGCUUGGGAGCCUAAAGUUCUGCGUGCAGCUAUGGGUGCCCAUUUCCGCCUACCCAUCUACUCCAGCUUGAACUGGGAUGACAUAGAAAAACAUCUCCCAAAACCUGUGACCGUCCAUGUGGCUGACAGCGGCUGUGGCACAGACAGAAGUCACGACUCGGAGGAUUCACAAGUGAACGCGUCUCAUAAACCCUCCAAAGCAGGAGACUAUGGCUGGGUCAGCGCAAAGCCUAAUCGCAACAUGCGCUACGAGGAAUACGACUCUGAUUCCGACUCCGACUCUGAUUCCGACUCCGACUCUGAUUCAGACUCCGACUCCGAUUCAGACUCAGAUUGUGAGGGACUUUCACUUCCCAGAGUGGACUCAAAGCUGUACCACGAGAGCUGGGCACAGAGGGCCACUGCUCUUGUGAUAGGUGGAGAGACGCAUGGUCUGAGUUUAGAAGCGCUCCAGUUGGUUGAGAAAACUGCCGGUCGCCGGCUCUUUAUUCCCAUCGCUCCUUCGGUGGACAGCUUGAAUUCAGCCAUGGCUGCCAGCAUCCUUUUAUUUGAGGGUAGGAAGCAACUUUUGAAACUAUUGCAGGCACCUGGAGGGGAAUCUAAAGCAGAACAGUAGUUUUCAUGUGACUUUAGUGUGUAUUUAUCGUCACUACAGAAUGAGCUAUGGUAUUUACAUCCUGUCCUGCCAACAAUAAAACUUCAAUUUGGUUUUGCAAAAUGGUAGCAUCUUCAAAUUCUCACUCUGGGAAAGAUGACCCACACCCUCCAUGACAAUGUCGAGGGAUUUGUCAAAAUAUUGAAACUGGGCUUGGACCCAGUGGACCCUCCGGGCUAGACUUUCAACUGCCGGAUUGAAAACACUGGUACAGAUGCUGACUUGAUCUGAUAUACCGUAACCAAGGUGUACUUGUUAGACUGGUGCUGUUCGAAUAUGUUAUUGGCUGUGGUUUUCAAUUUAUUUGUUGUAUUUCUUUAUUCUUUACCGUUUUCCUCUGUAUUGUUUCCUUAGUUAUAUCUUGUUAAUUUGUCAAAUCUAAAUAAAAGUAUAAGGAGGAUCAACA